CCUCCAUCAGCUGACAACAACACAUCCACAACAACAGUGAUCAAUGGUUGGGUCAAAUCAAUAAGAGCUCAAAAGUCCAUUGGAUUCAUGGAGUUGACUGAUGGCUCAUCGGUACAGGGUCUUCAGGUGAUUGGUACUCCGGAUCUGUUCAAGAAUGUUCAGCAUGGUUCAUGUGUGAAGGUGUCCGGUCAGCUUGUUCAGAGUCCUGGAAAGAAUCAACAGGUGGAGCUGCAGCUCAAGUCGCCAGUGGAGGUCGUCGGUCCAUGUCCAGAGGACUACCCUCUCCAGCCAAAGCAUCAUUCAUUCGACUUUCUGAGAGAGAUUGCACAUCUUAGGUCGAGGUCCAACACACUGGGCGCGCUCAUCCGUGUCAGGAGUCAGGCAUCGUCCAUCAUUCAUCAAUACUUCCAAGAGCGUCACUUCAAUCUUGUCCACACUCCACUCAUUACAGCCAGUGAUUGUGAGGGUGGUGGAGAGCAGUUCUCAGUGGAUCAAACAACCCAACAACAACAACAUCACUUCUUUGGCGAGCCUGCAUUCUUGACGGUAUCGGGUCAGUUGGAGGCAGAGAUAUUCGCGUCAUCACAUGGAAGAGUGUACACAUUUGGUCCAACAUUCAGAGCGGAGAAGUCCAACACAACUAGACAUCUCUCUGAAUUCUGGAUGAUUGAGCCAGAGAUGGCCUUCAUCAAACUUCAAGACAACCUCGACAUUGCCGAAGACUUUAUCAAGUUCACCAUCAAGAACAUCAUGGAGAGAUGUCCAGACGAAGUGGAGUUCUUCAACAAACGCGUUGACACUGGACUCAUGGAAAGACUGAAGAAGACAUUGGAUAAUGAGUUCAUUAGACUGCCUUAUACAGAGGCUGUGAAGAUAUUGCAAGGAGAGAAGUAUGGAAGUGCGAUAAAGUGGGGCGAUGACCUGCAGAGAGAGGAUGAGAAGAACUUGGUCGAACAUUAUAAUGGUACACCAGUGUUUGUGAUCGAUUGGCCAAAACAGAUCAAACCAUUCUACACCAGGGAGAAUGACGAUCAGAUCACUGUAUCAAACAUGGACCUGUUGGUACCGGGUGUAGGGGAGUUGAUCGGUGGCAGUAUAAGAGAGGAGAGGUACGAUCGCAUUGUACAAAGAAUACGCGAUAUGAACAUGGACGAGGAGUCGUAUCGGUGGUACUUGGAGCUUAGAAAGUAUGGAUCAGCGCCACACGGUGGAUUCGGUCUUGGAUUUGAACGUUUGUUACAAUACGUCACAGGUUUGCAGAAUAUCAGAGAUGUAAUACCAAUACCAAGACAUCAGAACUAUUGUAAGUUCUAA